UAUGACCCAUUACCCACUUUCCACUCCGCCAGCGCCACCCACCAUUUCCGGUUUGGUUGGCGAGCAGUACCGAACCUCCUUCCCUAUAUAUUAAACAAUUCUUUAUCCUUACAAAGAGCAUUCAUUGCUUUCCUAUUUCAAAUUCAUUUAAUUUUCGCUGAACGUACAAAUGGGAAACUGCGUGAGAAAGGAAUCGUCGACGGAAUGGGGCGGCGAAGACUGGGGUUCGCUGUCGCCGCAUUUCGGAGAAGAUAAUAAGGAGCGGUUUGGCAAGCCAGGCGGGAGGGAAAUAAAAGUGAAAAUCAGCAAGAAGCAGUUGGCAGAGCUGGUGGGGAAGGCCGAUGUUGGAGGCUUGUCUAUUCAUCAGCUUCUCGCAGAGUUGAUGAUGAACGGCGGCGCAGAUCUGUACCAGUCGCGUCAUCAUCACCGCUCAUGGCGGCCGGCGUUGCAGAGUAUACCGGAGUUCAGCUGAAUUUCGUUAGUUCUUCAAAUUAAGAGCUUCCGAUCGAUUCUCUGCAGCAACCAUGUAAAAACUUCUUGUGUAAAUAGGUUAUUUUUUUAAAUUAAUUUUGGAGUAGAAAUAGUAUGAGCGAGCUUUCAGGAUUGAAGCAAAUUAAAUGAAAUUCAUAAUUCUGUGGCUGGAAAUUUAUUAGCUAAGUAUUUAGAAAAAAAUAAUAAAAUUGUAUCAGUAAAAAUGUAAAAUAUUAUUUUGUGGGGGUAUCGAUUUGACUGAGUA